GUGGAUUUCUGAACACGUUGUAAGACCAAGACGAAAACAAAACCAAAUGGACGUGCUGUUCGAUAAACAGAAGUCUUUGGCGUUAAACGGCGUAGAUCUGAGCAGGAAAGGAUCUAUAGACGAGGAAAUUGUCCCAUUAGUUCAGCACAUAAAUAAUCACGAUAACUUCUUUACAACAAGCAGCUGUUCUGGAAGAAUAAUUGUUUUUGACGAUCAUAUUGAUGAAGAAAAACCUGGUCUGAAAGUAAAAAAGAAAGGAUGCAAAUGGCUGUUUACUUCUCAUAAAGCUGCUGAGGCUGAACAAGUGAUAGAAUCUCUGAAAGAAUUAACCGGUGAUGCUGUCUUUAAGUUUGAACCAUUUGUUCUUCAUGUUCAGUGCAGGAACACAGAAUAUGCUCAAAGAACCCUAUGCUGUGCUGUGGCUUCAGGGUUCAGAAACUCAGGAAUAAGCCUAGGCAACAAGGGAAAAAUUAUAGUGGGCGUUAGAAGUACACAUGGACUAGAAGCACCUCUCUCUAAGGAUGGCAGUCUCUUGGUUUCCAUGGAGUUCAUAAGAUUUUUGACAAAGUCAGCAAAUAAGAAACUGGAGGAAAAUUUUCUGAGAAUCCAGAAAUUUUUUGAAAAUAUGAAGAAAGUUGAUUUUAUGGAGAAUAAGCUUGCAAGAAGGGAGAGAAAACGAAAGGAUAAGAAGGUGUCAGGCGACCAUGAUGUUGAUCCAGUCAAGAGUAGGAAUGGUAGUACAAGGAGUGGUGACCAGGGGACUCGCGAUGGCAAUGGUGUACCAUCCGGUGUACCAUCAGGUGUACCAUCAGUACCAUCAGUACCGUCGGGUGUACCCUCAAGUCUAGCUUUACAGAUCAGACAAUACUCUCCCAGAAAGGUUGGUACCAAAGGUCCUGGAACAGCUGGUAAGGAUGAUGAUGUGAGGGGUAAAUGUGAGGCUGUAUCUGAUGAAGACAGUAGCAGUGGAACUCCUGUUAAUGAGGAUACUUCUAGUAGUGUGAGCAGUAAUGGGUUUGAUCAGGACAGGCACAGCCAAGGUGGACAAAUCAGUCCAGAGUGUCAGGACACUGUGGACACAGUCCGAGGAGACAUAGAUAUGUGUUUGCUGUUUAAGGAUGUGACCUGAUAUAGAUAUAUAGAUGGAUGCUGCAGAUACCCAACUGUGAUGACAUUGUAGGUCUGGGCUGCCGAGCCCAUUCUAUGGACCAUGAGGUCUGUGAUAUGAUGAUUGAUUAGGACAGAUUGUGUAUUGGUUUUGAUUGAAGUAGGGAGAUUAUGUAUUGGUAUUGAAGCAGUACAAUUUCAUUGUUGAUUAAAAAUUACUGUUAUAGUAGAAUAGUACAGUCGUCUUCCGCUGUUUGGACUUUUAGCUUCUUUACCAUAAAAACAUUUUAAUAACCUUUCUGACUUUAUAAAGAAAUUUAUUACACAUUAUUAUGAAUUCAUUUCAUCUUCUUUUUUUAUUUUCGGGAUAAAUGAAAACUAUUGUAUAAUACCUUACUGUGUCACUUUAAAGCUACAGUGUACAAAAGUUGUUUAUGUGAAACAUGCAUGUGGUAUGUAUGAUGUGAAACAUCGGAUAUGAUGAAAUAUGUAAGGACAGUAUCAAAUCAUGUGUGUGUGGUUAAAGGGAAACUUUACAAAAAUAUCUAUAGGUGUAAGUCUGACACUUGUGUACAUGUAUGGUAGGAUGUACAUGUGUUAAUGUGUGGAUCCUGAUUCAUAAACAGUAGUAGUCAUACUACUAUAUACAUA